UCACACGUAAUAUCCGCAAUUCCGCUGCGUUGUGCAUUCGGAACGUUGACGACCGGCCGACUCGGCGGGACUUGACCGACCCAGAUCUACCCCACCCACCAAAAUCUCAUUAUAGAUAUACAUACACAUUGUGUUCUCAUUACACCGUCGCCAGAAUAUUUUUUUUGAUCCCACAAAAAUGGGCGUUGAUUACUAUGACAUACUGAAAGUUUCGAGAAAUGCGAGUGAAGAAGACCUGAAAAAGUCUUACAAGAAAAUGGCGAUGAAAUGGCAUCCCGACAAGAAUGCUGUGAACACAAAGGAAGCAGAGGCGAAAUUCAAGCAAAUAUCAGAGGCUUAUGAUGUGCUGAGUGAUCCGAAGAAGAGAGAGAUUUAUGAUUUGUACGGAGAAGAAGCGUUGAAGUCUGGUUUAUAUCCUCCGAAUGGUGGAGGAGGUAGAGGGUUUAAGUUUAAUUCGAGGGAUGCUGAGGAUAUUUUCGAGGAGCUUUUUGAUGGAUUCGGCGGAGGCGGACCCAGGAAGUUGAAGAAGGCGGCGCCACUGGAGAAUAAAUUGUCGUGUAGCUUGGAGGAGCUGUACAAUGGAUCAAAAAGGAAGAUGAAGAUCUCCAGGACUGUUCUUGAUGACUCUGGUAAGCCUAGCACAAUUGAAGAGAUCUUGGCAAUAACUAUUAAACCUGGUUGGAAGAAUGGAACAAAGAUUACUUUCCCCGAGAAAGGGAACCAUGAGCCCUUUGCUAGCCCAGGAGACCUUAUUUUCAUAGUGGACGAGAAGCCCCAUCCUAUUUUUAAGAGGAACAGCAAUGAUCUAGUCGUCAAUCGGAAGAUUUCCCUACUUGAUGCUCUUACGGGGAAGACUCUCAACUUGACAACAUUGGAUGGACGAGUUCUCACCAUUACAGUAUCCAAUAUUGUCAAACCAGGUCAUGAGAUGGUGAUCCAAAAUGAAGGAAUGCCCAUAUCAAAAGAACCUGGUAAGAAUGGAGACUUAAAGAUCAAGUUUGAUGUCAAAUUUCCGUCAAGGCUUACUGCAGAACAGAAAUCAGAUUUGAGAAGGGUGUUCGGCAGGACUACCAACUAAUGCAGGUUUGACUCAAGGAUUAUAAAUUACUACCAUUAUAUCUAAUUUAGAAAUGAAAUGUAAAUAUUUAACAUAUUCACCUUGGAAAAGGUUACCGUGGAUAGUCGGAGAAACAGAUUCUGUGGUUAUUUAACAAUCGUUAGUUGCAACUCCAGCUUCACCUUGAAACUUUUUAGAGUAACAAGAUAGCAGUAAAAUAAGAAUGUAAUAAUGCUUUAUUUUCGAGUGUUGAUUACGAUUUUUAUUACUUCAUUUGUUGGGAGAUAUUUGUCUACUGGUUUAUUUAUCAAUUUCAUUGAGAAAAUA